UAAGACCUUCAUUUGGCGAGAACUAACUAAAGCUCUAUAGAAAUUUAGCUUAAAAUAGUCUAUUUUUCCUCGGUAAUCUCUUUAAAGUGAAACAAAUAGCAAAUGCUUACUUGUUAGAAAUUGAAUUGAUAAUUUUUUCGGCCUUAUUCGCCAUGUGUGACGGGUUUAACCACGGUGCUCUUCAGAUAGCGGUGGCUCAGAUCUGCCAGUCCAUGGGUUGGGAUGCCUUACAAAAGUCGAGCCACGACUUGUUGACCGACGUGUUACAGAAAUAUCUUGAGGAGAUCGCGAAGUCAGCGCAUGGAUACUCCCAGAUAUGUGAGUUUGGACGAAGUGUUCAGUUUUAUUUCAUAACAAUGUGCAUACAAUUUAUAGGAUGCUGAUUGAUGCAAUGUGUACACGUAGAAAUUAACGUUUACAAACGAACAGCUAGUACAGAAUUGUUAUUUUUUUUCACGUUAGUUUAUUUUGUGCUGUUACUUAAUUUCAGAAAAAUAAGCUACCGAGAAAAAAUAUAUCUAGACAAGCUGAGUGGUUUCAUUAAUUUACAAUCCUAAAACAAAAAUGAAUUGGUGUUAUUUAGAGUAAUUGGAAGAGAGAUGAAUAAUUUUUUGUUUAAAAUUUCACAGACUCAAGAACUGAGCCAAACUUAGAUGACCUAGACCUUGCCUUUCGAGAUAUUGGCGUUUACCUCGGCGAACUUGAAGACUUUGUAACCCAGGUAGACCAAGUUCCAUUUAUUCAUCAGUUGCCACAGUAUCCCAAGCCAAAACCUAAUGUGCUCCAUCAUCCACGUAAUGGAGAGAUUGCAGAGAGACUGGAGCAGUACUAUGACUACUUGCCUCCCUUGGUCUCUAAGCUUCUUCAAAAUGAAGGUUUUGUAUGACUGUUGCUGCAGUCUUCUUUCCCUUGUAGUGCCAAAGGCUUUUUUGUUAAACACAUUCAUUUCUUUAACUUUGAGUAAGAGCAAGGUGCUGAGUGGAAAACUUCAGACUUUGUAGGAAUUAAUUGGUCCCCUGUGCUCUGAGGUGAUGUCUAUCAUUUAAAGAGGGGCAUUGGGAUUUUUUGUUUUGAGGUUUUGGAUAUUUUUUAGAUUGGGUUUGGUUUUUGUGCCAAAAGACUUGAAUGUUUUGGUUUCGGUAUUCAUUGUGGUUUAUGGAUUUUCUGUUUUUUUUAGCCUUUGGUUGUUGGUUUUUGUAAAUAUCACUAAUGGGUUUUUGGAUUUGGUAUCUGAUGUGGUUUUCAGUUUUUCCUAUUUGGGUUCCGGUUUCUUGUCAAUCUGAGCAGCAAUUAUACACCUCCACUGAUCUUGAAUAGCCGUGAAACCUCUAUAUACUCCACUUGUCAGUGACUGUAUUGGAUAGAUUAGGAUUUUAAAACAGAGAUGUGAAAAUUUAUCAGUUUUGCAUGGGGUUUUUAGUUUUGAUCUAAUUCUUCUGCCAGUUUUGUGGUUUUGGAUGAUUUUUUCUGUUGUUUUGCAGUUUCUAACAGACCCCAAUGUCCCUCUCUUUAAAGCUGAGUUUUGAUAUACCAAGACUGGGCUACAUCUCCAUUUGCGUUUUUGUUACUCCAUCCGUCAAGAUAUAUGACUUUUGAUAGAGGAAUAUAUUAGAUUGCCCCUUAAUAGAUUACAAUCAUCAAUUAAAAAUGCAUUUUUAAAACCAGAAUUAAGGCCUUUAGGAUCUAACUCACAUACAAUUUACAUGGCAGUGCAUUGAGAGUAUUUUUGGCCAAUUGCACUGUACUAGUGCAAUCUCUUUUUUCUUUUUUCUUUCCAACUUAUUCUCUGUGUCAAGUUUCAAUCUUAGAGAAGAUUCUAUGCUGCAUUAUAUAGGAAAAUUAACAUUUAGUGUGCUGAGGUAUUCUUAGAUUGACAUUUCUUACCAUUAUUUUGUUUUAUUUUAACUGUAUGUCCCUGUGUCAGCAAAUGGUUGCAAUAUCCGUUUUCUUUUUUUCCUUCAGAUGAAGAUAAAGCAACAACAGCAGAAGAUGCAGACACAGUUGAUGCUGGAGAAGAACCAACAGGUGGAGAAGGAUACGUGAGGAAGGAAAUCAAGACAGUAGCUGAAGAAACUUCUGUUGAACAUGUAGCUGUCAAGAGAUCUCUUGAUAUGCCCCCAGCGCUUGAAAAUGACACAAAAAAGAGACGUGUGGAUCUACCUUUCAUUCAGAAAGGAAACAGGGGAAAUGAAAUGGAAAUUCUUGAAGCACUGCAAGGAAACCUAUCCUCCCCAUCACCAACUCCAUCACCUGACAUUUGGAGUUCAGCAAAAACAUUUGAGAUCCCACCAACAUCAAGUAUUCCUCCUAUAGCUGCUACUCAGUCUGUAGAAAAAGUCACCACUUCCAAGGCAACUGCAAAACCCAAACAAGGGGAGAAAAAGACAGCUGUUGGGAGCAAAGAAGCAGGAAAGGAGCCAGGUACAAAGGUGAAAUCAAGCCCAAAAAAGAAGCCUAAGCCUGCUAAAAAAACAGUUAGCCCUGCAAAGAAACCUGCUACACCAAAAACACCUCCAAAACUGAAACCAGCAAAGAAAAAGUCACCAUCUCCAAUGAAAUCACCCAUGCCAAAACCAACAACUGUGACUCCAGUGGAAAAUGAGUCAAUAACAGGGAGCUCUUCAAAGAAAACUAAAACAAACACAAAGAAAGAGAAAAAACCAGCAACCAAGACCAAGAAUCCUGUUACCAAGAAAUCCUUGACACAGCCAGCCUCUGAAACAGCUAAAGAAAACAUAGAAGUGAAAGAAAGCAUGCCAAAAUUAAUUAUAAAACCCAUCAAGAAGGAGACUGAUGCAGAGCAUCAGUUUGCUGUGUCUGAAUUCCUGCCUUCCAAUGACACAGUGGUAAAAGAGAAAUCAGAAAAUAAGAAUUCAAAACCAAAGGCAGGUCCUGCUAAAAAGACAAAAGCAAAAAAAGGAAAAGACAAAGUUAUAGAGCCCUCAGUUAAAAAGGAACCCAAAGAUUGGAGUGCUCCUUCUACCCAUGAGGGACUCAAAUUUUCCAUGGCAGACUUUGCGGUUGCACCCGCAGAAAGAAAUUUGCCAAGAAAUGUUUUAAUAGACCCAGCGCUGGAACACAAGAAGAAAAAGAAAAAGAGGAAAGAAAAGGAUAGGGAAAAAGAGAAGAAAAAAGACAAGAGUAAAAAGGUUAGUGCGUUCUUAAAUCAAUUAAAUCUGCUGUUCUCUAGAAAGAAGUUACUUUUGAAUUUUAGUUCCUUUAAAUCCUGUAACUCCUAGAUGUGAUCAGUAUGAAACUUCUCCUUGUGAUUCCAAUAUUUUAUCUUGCAAAAAGGUUAUGAGAACGGACAGGCUUAUCAGCCGGAUGAUGUGAUUGUGAUAUCAUACAUGUACCAAACUUUCACCCAUAAUUUACAAGGAAAUGAGUAGUGGUCUGAGGGGAGAAUUGCUACUUGAAUCUUGGGAGUUAAGGGUCAAGUACUAAUAAUAUAUUGCAGUACCCUCAGAUAUAUGCUAACUGUGCAGACGGAUUUCAUAUGCUCAGACGCAGGGUACCGGGUAAAUACGGUAGUCAGACGCGCAUUUAUGAUUUUUAUACGCGCACAUAUGAUUUUUACGCGCGCACGGACGAAAGACAUGCGCGACUUUUAAGAUUGUUAUUCAGUGCCAUAAGUUUCCUUUUUGUUUCAUGGUUAUGUAACACAAAGAACUUUUGGGUUUGAAAAAGCGAUAAGUCGACAACGGAAAUUUUACAUUUUGAAAAAACUAUCAUGUUACACACACGCUUUGCGAAUUUAUCGAAUAACGAGCAGUAGCAGUAGAUUCACCUGAUAUGACUUGUUGAUGAAUCAGAGGGAGGAGGAUAAUGUCACUUACACAAAGCACUGAAACACAGCAAGGGCAUAACGAAAUACAUUUUCAUCUCCACCCACACAUAUUUUUAUGUUUCAGCUGAAGACAGAUCAUGCAGUACCUUUUCCAGAAUCGCCAUUCCCCACACCCAUCCCUCGUAUCACUGUGAAACUAGACACUCCGUCCAAUUCCGCGUCAUUAACAACUACAGGGGCUAGUAAGACAGAACCUUUACCAUGGUAUGUAGCCCUGUGCUUCAGUAUAAUAGAGUAUUCUUAAAGGAUGAGGUUAAGUAAAAUUAAAUUGCAUACAAAAUUUCAUUGUGAAGCGCCUGUUCUUGGUUGAGGGGGACAGUGUUCUAAUUAUUAACUCAGAACUUGCGGUAAGUUAGUAGGCAAUCCUUAACUGUAUAUUAAGAAAAGCCACACAGCCUGUUUUCCUUCAAGAACACCACUGUUUAAGCCCUCAUCAUCACUAAAAGGAGUUGUAGCAAAUUGUUCAAUUUUUUUUGGCCGUAGGGGACCACAUAAUCGGGUCGAAAUUGGGAAUGUGUAGACUGACCUUUCGGAUUAGAGUGGUCUUGAAGAAGAAUGUUGUUGGUACCUAGUAGUGACUGUUAUUUCAACAACCUCAGUGGAAGUUACCUCAGAGUCAAAUGAAAUGUCAGCCGCUACACACCAAUAGCUUCUUUUACAGGACUACUCUUACCCAGACAAUCAAACUACUUGACAUUCUAUUACUCCUGCGCAAUGCCCCUGCAUUUUCUGAUUGCAUUGGGGCAGUUGCUUGCGACAUUGGUGGCCAUCUUUAUAUUAAAUGUUGUUUUCUUUUUGUUUUGUUUUGCUUUGGUUUUGUUUUUUUUAACAGGGAUUGGUUACCAUCUUUAUAUUAAAUGUUGUUUUUUUGUUUUCGUUUUGUUUUUUUAACAGGGAUUAUGGAAAAGGUAGUUCAGAAAAACUCUUCUCUUCUACCGUAAGCAGUCAAGCUGUUGACAGUGCAGGGUCUUCAAAGGUCUCAAGCAAACAGGAAACUGUUACAACCACUGCCUCAGCUGUCACCGCUUCACCUGCACCCAAGUUAACGAUCAAAAGUGAACCACUGGAACGAACAGUCGUGUCACAGACACUAUCAACCACGUUUGUUCAUGUAAGUAAACUGGGGAUGUCUCACUCAUUUAUAAAUAUUCACAACGGAAAUUAUGAAGGUUUGCAUACACAAGGAGCAGAGUUGUUAUGUUUGACUGUAUUUCCAAUAUAUGUGGUAACAUUCAAAGUCUAUUGAAACCCCAACUGCAAGACAAAAACCGCACAGAGCGAUCACGUGGGCUCACUGCUAGUGGUGAUCGGCAGAAAAACUUAAUAGUGAAUAAAGGGGGUGAAUUUGUUGAAAAAACUGCCGUACUGUGUCGUUUGGGGUUUAAAGAAAUAAUUUGGUCUUAUCAACUGAGUUAAAAAUUCUUGCUUGGCUUUUCAAGGGUGCUCUUAUAAGGCUUUCCCAUGCGUUGACCAUCAUUCAAUAGGGUCGAGCCACACUGCACUUGUUCGGUAAAUGUAACGUGAAAUGCAAUCAAAUAUGACUCUUCUGCUCGCUGUGCACAGACUGGGAUUCGUUAGGGUUGAUAUCAAACUAUGUUUUAAUCUACUGUACAAUGUGAGGAUGAUAAUGAAGCAGUAACGUAGUUCAAGUGCCCCGUAGUGACAUCUUGGUUUUUCGAAGGUAGAUUUGAAAAGAAAAUAAUUGAAAGAAAAUGCUCUGGGCGCGAUAGUUACCUGGGCAGGGUUUUACAAAACACGGUUUAACUAACCCAGGGUCGGUGUGAAGGGAUUUUCGUUUGCAUUUUCUGCCCGUUAGUUUCGAGUUAUAUUGAGAUGAAACCCAACAAAACCGUAGCUCUUGCACACGCUCUUCUACAUGAGCAAUUUAAGCCAAGGUGAACUUUUAAACCAAUAUUAACGUUAACUCCCUUUCGAACAACCCGGCUCUGAGUAAUAACGAUAACACAGUGGUAUUCUUGCUGUUCGUGUUCUAGGGAUACGCUAAAGAGUACUAUUGUCCCGUGUGUGCUGAGCCUGACGAUGGAACUUUCAUGAUUGGCUGUGAUGGAUGUGACGAAUGGUUUCAUGGGUGAGUUACAAAUUAACGAAGGGAAGAGUUUGUUGGUGGUUUGUCAGAUGACGGGGAGUAGAAUGGUAUUCUUCCAUGUAGUCUCCGAUUUCUCGAAAACCCGAGAAGGGACAUUCAAGGGCAAAAUAUGAGAUUCAAACAAACUUGAUUUAAGUGACCUUGAAAAAGGUGAUCCUUAUCCUAACAGCUCAUCAAAACCGCCGCUGGAGCUCAACAGGUUGUAAAAUCAUGAUAAAGUUGCCCAAGCGGCGCUCACGAACUCGACUCUGAUGAUGAUUUCCACUCAAGUUGAUUGAAAAGCUAGUCAUUGUCUGCAGUCUUGCCUACGUAGCUGGCGGUUUUGUGUGCGCUUUAAAGCGACGAGCCGCCAAGCCACAAGUAGGAAAAAAAUAUUUUCAUUUUUACUUCCCUCUCAUUUCGUCGCUCGUUCUCACUCCUUACCCGUUAACGCUUCAAAGCGCUUACAGAACACCAACUCAGGGGUCCAUUUCGGGACUUCUCUCGUCUCGGUACCGGCUCGAACACAUUACACUUUCCAGUGAGGGGACAUUGAAAUACUGAUAUUGUUGUAUUUCUUAAUGCAGCCGAUGCGUUGGGAUAACAGAGGACCCUGGCGUAGAUUGGUUUUGUUCUUCAUGCCUGGCCAAGAAGGAUAAAGAUAAUAAAGAUAAACAGAAAAAGAAGAAAAAGAAAAGGAGUAAAGAAAAGCCAAAGUAACUCUUCACUAAUUGACGUUUUUAGAUCUGUGAAUUUUACGCAAAUGUAGUUAGUCAUUAUCAAUGCCGCGUUUUGAACUGAUUUUCUUAUAAGAUUGUAAAUACAUUCUCCUCCAUUAGUUUUUUUUGAGUGCCUUUGUGUUGUAAAUAAAUGAACUUUGAAACGAUCUCAUUCGUGUUUUGAAAUUUAGUAUCGCAGAGGACCC